AUGUUGUGUUCUUCUCCAUUUGUAGUCAGUCAAAGCGGAGAUUUAUUUAAGUCACCUCACUUUGUAGAUGCAGUAACUGACAAAUUUUCACGAAAUUGGAUCAAGAUGACUGAUGCAGCUGAUGGUGAAAGAACACCUCUCCUUACUGAUGAGCAAUUCAUGGGCAUCGGCCCUGCCUUUCCAUCCGAAGAUUCGACGAGUAGCACCCACUUCAAUUCAGUUCUGCAGGAAGCCUUUGAAGCAAUUAACCGCAACAUCUUUCCUGAAAGGAUUUAUCAAGGGUCUAGUGGCAGUUAUUUUGUUAAGAAUCGAGAUGGCAAGAAAAUCGCGGUUUUUAAGCCGAAAGACGAGGAGCCCUAUGGCAACCUAAAUCCCAAAUGGACAAAGUGGAUGCACAAACUGUGCUGUCCCUGUUUUUUUGGGCGCAGUUGCCUUGUGCCUAAUCAAGGCUACCUCUCAGAGGUAGCCGCGAGCCUCGUUGAUGAACGACUUGGCCUGAAUAUUGUACCUACUACAAAGGUAGUUAAGCUGGCAAGUACAACGUUCAACUACAGGGCUGCUGUUCGUGCAGCAUCGAGAACGAAACAAAGAGUUGCUGACCGCUUUCCAGAUAUUGGGCGUCAUUUUCACAGACUUGGACUUCCUCCCAAAGUGGGAUCCUUCCAGUUAUUCGCUUCGGGAUGUCAGGACGCCCAGUAUUGGCUCAAUCGUUUUGAGGUUGAGCCCCUCCCAGAAGAGGCCCAGAAAAGCCUCCAUCACCAGUUCGAAAAGUUGGUUGUCCUCGAUUACAUCAUCCGCAACACAGAUCGAGGCAAUGACAAUUGGCUAAUUCGAUAUGAACCCCCUGAUGUGAACGAGGAAACCACGUCGACAAAGGUAUAUGGCGAAUGUGUUACCUCCAGUUCCACCGUCUCGUCCCCUAAAAAGGGGAUCCCCAAGGUCACCGUGGUUGCAAUUGACAAUGGUCUGGCUUUUCCGUUCAAGCACCCGGAUGAGUGGCGAGCUUAUCCCUUCUACUGGGCGUGGCUCCCGAUGGCGAAGAUUCCGUUCUCCAGCGAGAUCCGCGAUCACAUACUUCCCCUCAUAACAGACGCGCACUUCGUCAAUGAUCUUGUCCGGGAUCUGUACAAAUUAUUCAAAACUGAUCCGGGAUUUGAUCGACGCACCUUUGAGAAGCAGAUAGCCGUUAUGCGCGGCCAGAUGUUAAAUCUUCAAUGUGCUCUCCGUGAUCAAAAGACGCCGCUUCAACUUGUCCAAAUCCCAGUUGUCACCGUAGAGCGUCAAAAGAGGUCAAUCACUCAGCGACUACAGCAGGCCGCUCGAGAUUUACUUCCGCCUAACUCCCUCGCCCCGCGCACUGACCCGUUUCCUUUCUCCAGUGGAGAUGAUGGCAUGAACGGUACGGAGUAUCACAGUCCUUCCGGUGAUGAAUUUGAUCCCGACGCCCCGGGAUCUCACUUCACCACGCGGUACCCACGGAGACCCUUCUUUACCAGGUUCUAG